UGUGUCACCGAGGGAUCAAUAAAGAGAGAGGAAGCCAACAGGCAGCUGCAGCUGUUUCUUCUCUGCGAUAAGAACAAAAACUCGCCGACUUUCCCGAUGCGAUUGCUGCUGCUGCUGCUGGUCGGCCUUCUGGCCGACUCGACGUCGGCCGAAUGCGCUUUGGGCUCCGACUACAAGUUCGAACUGACGUCUUGCGACCCUGAGGGAGGUCGGUGGCGCGUGCAGGUUCCCACGUCUUCAGCGUCGCACUCCUGCACCCUGGAACAGCCGAAAAGGGUCGACUCGUGCGAGUCGACGUGUGAGGCGGGCCAGUUCUUCGACCUGUCCACCCUGAGCUGCGGCGCCUGUCCGCCAGGCUCGUACUCGAUGGGGGGCGCCGUGCUGUUCGACAACUGGGACACCCUUCCGCAGGGUUUUCACACGCAGGUCGAGUCUUUUCAGUCGUCUUUCAUCGGACGAUUCGGCACGGGAGUUAACUGCACUGCGUUCGGUUGGCAGGCCAAAGGUGACUUCCUAGCGUCCGUUGGCGGUCCGUGCGCUGCGACGGUGACGCUGUCGGUGCGGCUGGCGCGGGUGGGCAACCUGUCCUACAUAUACCAGUACUCGAACCGCGACGUCAUCUUCGACUUCGAGGCGCAGAACGAGCAGUGCCAGAGUGUGGCCGACGCCAAGGAGUUUCGCUGGCCGUCCGUCACUGCGGAGGGAGAGUGGCGCCGCCAGGUCGUCCAGCUCAAGCCGGGCAACAACCUGCUGCAGUGGAAGACCAUCGGCAUGGAGACCUACCCUGGCAAGCCGAUCCUCAUCAAAUCAAUUGAAAUCAGCGGAACUACCAGAGCUACGUCAUGCAGUCCGUGCAGAAACGGCACCUUCAGCGCGGAAGGGUCUCGCCAGUGCCAAGAGUGCCCUGAGAACCACUUCUCGUCCCGAGGGGCCAGUUCCUGUCAACCCUGUAACCCCGAGACGGAAUUCGCCCCGAAAGGUUUCUCCAGGUGCAUCAAACGCCAUGCCUGCACUAGCAAGGACUUCUACGAGACUCGGUCUCCUUGUGACGCGAACAACCAGACGCGUGCUGAGUACCGGUGGCUGGAGCCGAAGAUCUGCAUGGCAGGCGUGUCGCUGCCACCGGUAGGCCCCUCCCGUCCGUGCCUGCCGUGCAAUCCGGGCAUGAGCCCGGGGCCGGCCGCCUCGUGCCAGUUCUGUCCGGCUGAGCACUUUUCCGACGACGGCGGACCGUGCAAGCCGUGUCCGCCGAACACGACACCCAACUACGGAUACGUCUUCCAGCGCUGGGCCCAACUGCCCGCCUCGAUGAGCUCCUCGUGCCGCCAACAGGACGGGUCUGAGUGCGGCGGGAUGACCGGUUGGCAUGUGCAGGGGACGCACGUGCAGUCAGGACAGCACCACGCGGACGGCGCUUACUUGCUGCUCUCCCUCAACGUGCCCGGAUUCAGGAGCAAAGGGGGUGUGGUCGGCGGCCGGAGGCUAGAGGUCGGACGUGUCUCUUUCACCUUCGAACUUGACUGCAAAGCAAAGUGUGAAUUCGUCUUCAUGCAGGCGUCAGACCGUCGCGGAGUGAAUCUGGUGCAGAGCUGGAGCGGCGCCACGUUCAAGCGCGAGUUCAGUCACUCCGUUUACGCGAACGACUCGUACACAUUCAGCUGGGCUUUCCAAAAGGCCUCGCUAACCGACUACGACGUCUUCUCCAACCUGCUCGACACGGACGUUGCUCGCAUUUUCUCCAUCAACGUGACAAACACCAUCGAUGGUGGAGCGAGUGUGUGUCUGGCGUGCCACCAGGAGACAGACGAGGUGGGCUGCAUUCCUUGCCCGCCCGGCCACUUCGUGGACUCGAACACGACGCAGUGCACUCAAUGCCCACCCGGCACCACCGUGUCCAACCCGCUCGCCUACGGAAUCGAGUCCUGCCAGCCCUGCGGACCCGGACUGUCCAGCACGGAUGGCGUCACCUGCACCUCGGACUGCGUUUUCGCGGGGGAACCUUCCUUCGACCUUUCUGCCCUCGCUCACGAGACGUUUUUAGUAAGAGGCAGCCGGCUUUUUACUGCAUCAGGCGCCCAGUACUUCCACGUUUUCAACAUAAGUCUUUGCGGAAACACGCAGGCUCAGUGCUCCAACAACAUUUCUUACCAGGUUGAUGGGACGUCCUCUCAGGUGAACUCAUUUGUGUGUCGUACGACAAUGGUACCGAGCGCCUGGUCCGACGAGGAAGUAGUGCUGUCCACGCAGUCGGUCACCCUGGGCGACGAACUGGUGGCUGUUACCAAUAACACCGCUUUUAUGAGCAUGGAGGUCAUCGAAGAGUUUCUCUCGCAAAACGCUACACUCCACUUUUACUACUCGACUCCACUGGCAACCAGGUCGUGUCCUCAGGGCAGGACGACCGUGAUCAGCCUGAGCUGCGACGCAAGCAAGCACGGCAACGGGAGCAUCGUGCUGCCGAGCAAGUGUCCCGACGGCACCUGCGACGGCUGCAGCUUCAACUUCCUCUGGCAGACGGCCGUCGCGUGUCCCGUGUGCAGGGAGCAGGACUUCAGGUUGGUUCGCGGCGAGUGUACCGGCGGGUCGCAGCUGCUGCACUACCUGGCGCCGACCAACUGCAGGGUCCUGACCAACCUGCCCGCCACCAAGGCCGUAAAAUGCCAGAACCACAUUCCUGUCGAGCUUCAGGCCAUAAUUGGCGGCACGGUGAUGGUGGCGGCGACGCUGUGCGGGCUGCUGCUCCACUUCUGGCGCAAGACGCAGCGGCUCGAGUACAAGUACAUGAAGCUGGUGCAGAAUUCCGGUUCCGGGAGCGACGGCGCCGAGCUGCCUCCUGCCGAGAGCUGCGGCCUGGACGACGGCGAGGAGGAGGACGUGCACUUCGCCCAGCCGGCCAAACAGAACAUCCUCAACCGAAUCAAGGCUAUGACCAGCAAAGUGCGUCGAAAGGUGACGGCGGUGCCCUUGAGGCGGUACAACCUGCAGCGCGACGACACCGGCUGAGCUGCGUCCUAUUCCGCCAUAUAUCCAAGUGUCCGACAUCGGUGUCUCUAUUUAUGAUCAGCGUCAGGGUUUCUUUAUUGUGAUUUUUUGCUGCUGCGAUUCUACUCGUCAGAAAAUAUCGUGUAAAUCUUUUACAAACACGCACUUAUCGCUACAAUAUACAUAUAUUUAUUAUACCACA